AUGGAUUCAAGGGAGGCUUUGGAGAAGCAGGGUGACCAACCUGAGAGCCCAGACCCGGGCUCCCAAGUAUACUUGACCCCACAGGGCCCCAACACAGAAAUGGUCAACAAGGAAGAUAACAACACCAUCCUUAGGCUGUCCUUCCCCAGGAAGCUCUGGAUGAUCAUGGAGGAUGCGGCCUUCACCUCUGUGCACUGCAGCGACAAGGGAGACACUGUGGUCAUUGAGGCAAAUCUCUUCCAGACGGCAGUCCUCCAGCUCAGGGGCGCAGAUCAGAUCUUCAAGACAGACAGCAUCAAGAGCUUCAUCCGUGAAAUGAACCUGUAUGGGUUCAGUAAAAUCUGCCCUUCGAGGUGCUCUGCAGGGAAGAAGAAGCUGAUGAUCUAUCGCAACUUCAACUUUCAGAGAGACAAGCCUCUCCUCCUGCAGAACAUCCGGAGGAAAGGUGACCCUCAGCCCACCACCAGCGCAACAACCACCCCAAAGAGAAAGAAGCGAGCGGUGGAGACCAGAUGCUCUCCUCGAUUCCAUCAUGAGUUCACCCAAGAGACAGACAAGAACGCCCAGAUGGAACACCAGAAACCCCCAGCCUGCACUCAUUUCUGUUCUCUGACCUUUGAUCUGGAGGGAGCAGGGGAACUGACCAACAGCCCCCCGGAGUACCCAAGUUACAAUUUGGUGAUGGCUGUGUACAAGACCUUUUACUCCACCAUGAUGGCAGCCCUUUCAGUCAUGGCCCCAGAUGAGGCCUCGGAGGCGGAGGAGUAG